AUGACUUAUAAGAGCAACAAAAGGAAAUUUGCUCGUGGGAACCAUCGCCGGACCUUUCUCCAGAAUGAAAUACUAUCACAACAAGCAAAGGAUCCAGGUAGAGGAAUACGAAAAGUUUCUACGCAAGUCCUGCGCACAAUACACGAAGGGUUAACUUUGAUAGAUAGGGCUAAAGUUUGCGAGGCGUUGCCGAAAAUAGAGUAUAUAAGAAUAUAUUCGAUGUUAUAUUAUGAUCGCCUAAUACCUCGUGUCAUCACCACCGUAGCCCGAGUACAACACAAAAACGCUUCAGAGGCGCUCUCAUGUCCAGGAGUAAGGCGAAGCACAAAAGCCAAAGGCAAAAGGCGAGAUUGAAAGUGAAAAGCCCGAGGAAAAAAGAAUAAGAAAAAAUCAGCGAAACGCCGGCCAUUGUUAGGAAGGCGUAUUGCAGCAAAAUCCUUUUUAUCUAAUAUAUCAUU